CACGCGUCGCUGACAACGUGCGCGCUUCGUUUUCUGGCGGCAAAAAAAAAAAAUGCUGCGACUUGCGAUCGUAAAUUAAUAAAUUCAAAAAAGUUUGACGGGUCUCGAAGGAAACGCAAUAGAAAAUGUUAUCUAAAAACCGCUAUCAAUGUGAAUUGCAAUGUGCAGAGUGUAAAUUUCCAUAGUUCUCAGUUGUCAGCCGGUGACAAGUGCUGAUCGCAGCCGACAAACAACUUUAAAGUUGAAAAAAAAAACCACAAAACAAAGCCUACCCAACUAAUGUAUGUACUUACUGAGAGAACGUGAGCUGGGAGUUGCACGAAUAUACGAGUAAUGUCUGAAUUAGAUUGAUUUCAUUUGACAGAUGCCGGGGCACAGUGCGCUCACUAAUUAUGAUAAAUGUGAUGCUCACAUUGUGUAAACUAAACAAAGGCUGAUAUAGAUACAGGCACACACACAGCACACCAAACACAAACACACACACACACACACACAAAAAUUAACAAAGAACACCGCAAAACCAAAAGUAAAGACCAAAGACCGAGGUCAUGUCAAAAUAUCAAAAGCUCGACAGCGCCCAGGCCCCCACGGCACAUGAAGAUGAUUACGAUGAGAGUUUUACGCUUUACUUUGAUGGUAAUCAGACGCAGUCGGGUGCAGAGCAGGAGCAGGAGCUCCAUGACAGCAGACAGCCUGCCAGAGGAGCCUCUCAUCUGACCAAUGAUAGUCCAAAAUACCAACCACCAGCACCAGCACCGCACCAACUCAACAACAACAAUAGCCUCGAAAGCAGCCAUCGAGUGGCAGGAAUAGGAAGUAAAGCUAUCCGGGAUCUGGACGAGCAGACGUGGGAAGUUCCGCUGCUAAGCGGCAGCGAAGUAAGUGCCAGCAAUCUGCACUCGGAGCACGAGCAUGACACUGCAGCGCGAAUGGAAUUUGAGAUGGAGAUGGGGGCGGACAGGGAAUGCCGCAGCUCCCAGCCGGGAUUUGGGGCGAACCUAAAGAGCAAAUCGGCACAGGAGGCCAAAUUUAAAAUUCUGCUCGCAAUUUCCCUCUGCUGCAUAUUCAUGAUCAUUGAAUUCCUUGGCGGGUACGUGGCCGGAAGCCUGGCCAUUAUGACCGAUGCCGCCCAUUUGGCAACUGAUUGUAUUAGUUUCGUCAUCGGUCUGGUUGCAAUUUGGUUGGGCACCCGACCGCCGGACGAGCGCAUGUCCUUUGGAUACAAACGCUAUGAGGUUAUCGGUGCCCUGGCCUCCAUACUGGGUAUCUGGCUGCUCACUGGCAUACUCGUUGUGGUUGCCAUUCAACGUAUAUAUUCCCAGGACUUUGAGCUGGAUGUGAAUGUGAUGAUGUUCAUAUCAGGGAUUGGCAUUGCCAUCAAUAUUGUGAUGAUGUUCGUUUUGCAUGGCAACUGGUUGGGCAUAGGCGGUCAUGGACAUGGACAUGGACAUGGACACGGCCACAGUCAUGGUCACGGGCAUAGCCACAUCCACAGUCACAGCAACUCCGACUCCAACUGCAAUUCGGGCUCCUAUUCGCUUAUAGCCGCAGGCAGCGAAAGCUCUUUGAUGACGACAACUGCCAACGAGGAGACGAGAGCAACAAUUGCAAAUGGCCAUAAUGUGGCUAUAUCAAACGGCUCGAAGCCAUUCGAGCGCAUCGUGACAGGGGGACGGCCUAAGCAUGAAGGCAAACAGAUGAGCCCUCCGCAGCCCUUGGACAUGGAGGAGAAUCUGAACCUGCGUGCGGCCAUGAUUCAUGUGAUUGGCGAUCUGGUGCAGAGCAUUGGCGUCUUUCUGGCCGCCGUCCUAAUCAAAUUCUUCCCCGGCGCCAAGUAUGCGGAUCCACUGUGCACGCUACUCUUCUCGGUGAUUGUGAUUCUGACGACGGUGCCGCUUUUCCGGGAGUCGGUCGCCAUCCUGCUCGACGCCGUGCCGCAGAACCUCUCUCUGCGCACUCUGCAGCGGCAGCUAGCCAGCCUCGAGGGUGUGAGAUCGGUGCAUCAUCUGAAUGUGUGGCAGCACACCGCCGAGCAUCGAGUACUCAUGGUGCAUCUGGUCACAGAGGCAAGGAGCAACAGCGAGGAUAUCCUGCUGCUGGCCACGCAGCUUGUCUGCGGUCCCGAGUACCACAUGAAGCAUGCUACCAUCCAAAUCGAACGUCUGACUGGCUAGUUUUUAAUAGAAUAUUAAGCGUUUGGCGUAGUUAAGUUAUAGCCACAAGUUUAUGAACCACCAAAGUCUCAGUGCCACAUUAUCGAAGGCAUUUUGUGAUUUCACCCACUCGCGUAUUAAGUUUUAUUUUAUGUAUAGCGCACCUUUGUGAAUUGUAUUUUUAUGGCCUCCAGAUAAAGCAAUUGUAUUCAUUUAUUUUCUGUUUCGGUCAUUAUAAUGGCUGGCCUGUGUCGCCCCAAGUUUAUUGCUCCGCCACAGCGCGGGCAGAACAAGAUAUGUUAAAAACAAUCUAAAAUUACAAAUUAUGCUCUGAAAGAGCUUUGGAAGUAGAUUGGAAAAUAUGUACCGUCUCCUUGACAAUUCUUAAAAGCUUUCCAGGCCAAUUUGUACUUCAGUAUCAAACCAAAUGAACAGCAAUCGAUUGUUAAAUUCCUGUGGCACAGUUGAAAAUUGUGUCAUGGAAUGCAUUUCCAAAUUUUCUCCACUGAAUUCCCCAUUCUGCCAUAAAUUGAAUAAAGUGCUCUCAUUAAAGCUCUGUUUCUAAACAAAA